UUUUCUUCGGAUCUUAUAUACAUCAACAUCUAUUAAACACCGCCAAAAUGUCUACCCAAAGCGGCUCUGACACCAGCAAGAAGCCCAAGCGCCAGCCAAAGAAGCAGGCGCAGACCUACGAAUCCGAGUCCGAAUCCGAGGACUACGCCCCCCCUCCCCGGCGCAAGCGCGGCAAGAAGCAGGGCCCUCUCGACUCGCUCGCCCUCGACAACGUUAACAACACGGUCGGCGGUCUUACCCAGGGCGUGACGGGCGCGCUGGGUGGCGUUGCUGGCGGUGCUGUCCAGAAUCAACAACAAGGUGGUGGUGGUGGUGGUGGUGGGAAGUCGGACACCUUGAGGCUUCGACUCGACCUCAAUCUCGAAGUCGAAAUCCAAUUAAAAGCACGCAUCCAUGGCGAUUUAGAGCUGGCUCUGUUAGAAACUUGAGUUCAUGUCUUGAAAGGGGCGCCGCAACCCCGUCAAACAAGACACAGAACUGGUUCACGCGCAGAACCAAAACCCAGACAUUACUUUGUCUUCUGUUGUACGAUUAUGGCGCCCGGAUGAAAGGAGAAGGAGAAGAAGAAGGAUGGGAAUGUCCUGCAUGGCGCAACUUUCAUCAUCACCGUUCGAAAUCAAGAAGAGGAAGCAGAAAAGGUUGCUGAAACAUGGGACUAAUUCUUUAGGAACUGAAGCAACUAGUUUCCCCCGGUCCAGUACCCUGCCGUUCCCCGGUUGAACUGGCGGCAGCGGCAAAAGCUUCUUUUAAUUGGGAAAAGGUGGAGUUUGUCGGAUCGGAUUGGAAUCAGAAUUGGGAUACGGGUUCGGCUUAAGAUUGGGAUACGAUUAUGAAGAGUUCAUGAAAGGGAAAGACGGGACAGAGAAGGAAGUUAUUUGCUUCUUCUCACACAUUGUCAAAGGAGUUUGACGGCAUUCUGUGGUUCUGGUUUCGAUUCUUUGGGGCCUGUAUAAUCUUUUCAUUCUUCUCAUUAAGCGCUAUACAUAAUGCCUAUAAAUUGCUGGAGUUUAAU